AUGCUUUUCGACAAGUUCAAGAAGGACCAAAUGUCUGAAGUCAAGAACCACGACGAUCCUCCGCCUAUCGACUUGGAGCUUGUGGGGCAGGAGCUCCCUUGGGAAUGGUCAAUGCCUAAGAAGUCCAAGAGUUAUAUCAUGGCACUUCUUCUCAACUUUGUUUCUGCCUUCAAUGCAACAGCUAAAUUUUUCUCAGGUAACUCAGCAGCCAAAGCAGGUGUCACAGCAGAGUUCGGUAUCAGCGGCAGCGUCUUCCUCACAUCCAGUUUCACCUACAAUGCUGCUUUGGGUCUCGGACCUCUUUUCCUCGCUCCUCUAUCCGAGUCCUACGGUAGACGGCCAAUGAUUGUCGGUCUGCUUCUUCUCAUCGUUAUCCUCUUCCUUCCGCAAGCGCUCGCUCCUAACAUCGAGUCCCUAUCCAUCACACGUCUUUUCCAGGGUUUGGCUGCAAGUAUUGAGGGUCCUCACGUCGCAGGUAUUAUCACUGAUCUCUUCCAUCGUGAUCACGGUCGUGGUGUUGCCAUGGCUACAUUCACGCUCAUCGUCUUUACUGCAAACGCGCUCGGUCCGUUGUGUUGCAACUGGUUGGCAUUCAAAACCGACUGGCCUAACAUUUACUGGAUGCAGAUGGCGAUGAACGGCGCAGUCUUCCUCUUGUGUAUGUUCCUCCUCGAUGAAACACGCCAUGACGUCAUUCUCGACAAGAAAGUUCGCAACUACAACAAGACAUAUGGUACAGACCUCAAGAUCAAAACAGAUGCCGCACAUUCAUUCAAAGGAGCAAUGUCAAAGUCGUUGGCUAGACCUAUUGUUUACCUUUUGACCGAGCCAAUCGUUAUGGCUUUGGCGCUGUGGGUUGGUUUCGCCUGGGGCAUGGUUUUCCUUUUCACAGGUGCUACCCCACAUGUAUACGAAGUCAACUACGGUUUCAACCAGGGCGAGUCCGGGACCGUGUUGAUUUGUGGAUUCAUCGGUGCAUUCCUUGCAUGGCUUCUCAACUUUGGUCAAAAUGCACUUUACAAAAGAAGCAAAGAUCCAGUCACGCAUAUUGCACCACCUGAAGCACGUCUAUACCAAGCAGCUCUCGGAGCUGUGUUAUUCGGAGCGUUCGAGUUCAUGUUCGGGUGGACAGCGCGUCCAUGGAUCACUCCAUGGGUAUCGAUGAUUGCAGUUAUUGGUGUCAACUUUGGUAUUUUCCCUAUUUACGCUGGUGUCUACACCUACAUUGGUGACGCAUACGAGCAAUACAGUUCAUCUGCACAAGCUGCACAAGCAUUACUGAGAAAUCUUCUUGGUGCAACUUUUCCUUUCUUCGCAACCGCUAUGUUCGAUAACCUGUCUUUCCCAUGGGCGUCAUCGACAAUCGGUUUCAUUGCGCUCGCACUGUCUUCCAUCCCAUUCACUUUGUUGGUUUUUGGUGGCUGGCUAAGAGCUAGAUCUAGGGUAUGCAAGCAGAUCACACGCGAACAAGAAGAGGAUGAGUUUAGAAGGGAGCAGGCAUUUGAGGAGCCUGGUGAAAAGCGUCAUGCGUAA